AUGAUAAAAACUUAUUCUCUGAAAAGAGCGGAGCAACGGCGGCUAAGCCUCAGUCGCUGUGCCAGAUUCCAUGUCUUAUCCGCCAUCUCCAUUGCAGCAAUAUUUUUCACCUACAUAUUAAUUACUACACAUACCCUCCCUUCUAAUUAUCAUCCUAUUCAUACUUUACCUCUAACCAUAAGCCCAAUUCAUCCUCCUCUUUUAAACAAUCCGACGUUCAUCGUACGACAUGUAAAGUUGACUUCGUAUUCCAUCCAUAAACCGAUCCGCAUGUUUAAAGAAGAUGCUCAAAAAACUGUUUUAGAAGAUGAUCACAAGCCGUCGGUUUCACUAUUCAAUCACACCAGGAAAGAAAAGAUAAACGGUUUCAAAGAAAAGCUUCCUGAGUUCGAUAUUCUCAAGUCAACCCCGUUGACUCGAAGAUUCAAGAACCGGGUUCAAGAAUUCUUUAAAGAUGGAUGCAAGGUUAGGUUCUUUAUGACCUGGAUAUCACCAUCGUUGAGGGUUUUUGGAGAUAGAGAAGUUCUUGCUGUAGAUGCUUUGUUGAAGUCUAACCCUAAAAGCUGUUUGAUGAUACUAUCAAACACUAUGGACUCCGUUUAUGGGAUUGGAAUCUUGAAACCAUUCACUGAUCGUGGGUUUAGAGUUCAAGCGAUCACGCCAGACUUGGAGUUCCUGUUCAAGAACACCCCAGCACAAUCUUGGCUUGAUCAUAUCAAGAAUGGGAAAACAGAAACUGGUACAAUUCCAUUAGCACAGAACCUGUCAAAUUUGAUCAGACUGGCUAUUCUUUACAAGUAUGGAGGUGUUUACGUGGAUACAGACUUCGUCAUAUUGAAAGAUUUUAGCAGUCUGCGCAAUUCCAUUGGUGCACAAAGCACAGCCACGUCUGGGAACUGGACUAGAUUGAAUAAUGCUGUCUUGAUUUUCGACAAGAACCAUCCUUUGUUAUACAAAUUCAUGGAGGAAUUCGCAUUAACAUUUAAUGGCAACAAAUGGGGUUAUAAUGGACCUUACCUCGUAUCAAGAGUGGUCCAAAGAGAAGCUACAACACUCGAGUUGAAUUUUACGGUAUUACCUCCAAAGGCAUUUUAUCCAGUUGAUUGGACACGUAUAGGAGGCUAUUUUACACCUCCGGUAAACAGGAAGCAUCUUAGAUGGAUUGAAGCCAAGUUGGGUCAACUAUGCAGUUCAUCUUAUGGUGUCCACCUCUGGAACAAGCAAAGUCGUGGAUUGAGGAUAGAAGACGGAAGCAUCAUUGCUAGACUGAUUCUUGAUCAUUGUGUCAUUUGCAAUACAAAAUAA